AUGAAACGUCUGGAAAGAUUGGUUGCAAUAAUUCUGUGUCUGCUUGAGUCCGACAGCCGGCGAGAAAUGACCGAAAAAUUCAGAGCUGGCAAGCAGCGAGAUAAUGGAUAUCCGAAAGAGAAGGAUGCCGAUGAGAAGAUCUAUAAACGGCCUGGCAUCAUUUUAGAUGCAGGUGGGAGACAGAUGGCCAUUAGACUCACUGUCAAAGCCGGUGUCUUCACUGCGACUUUGUAG